CGCUGCAGGCGUUUCCGGGAGCGCCGCGUGCGUCUGCUGUGGCCAUGGCCGUCUUCUCGGGCCCUGCGCCCCCGGUUCUCUCUCUGAACCCGCGGGAGGACGCCAAGUUUCAGAAAGAGGUGGCGCAGGUGCGCAAACGUGCUACCCAGCGAAAAAAGAAAGAACGGCUUACUCCAGGAGUCAUCUAUGUGGGCCACCUGCCUCCCACACUCUACGAGUCCCAGAUUCAGGAGUAUUUCUCCCAGUUUGGCACUGUUACGAAGUUCCGAUUGUGCAGAAGCAAAAGGACCGGAAACAGCAAAGGCUAUGCAUUCGUGGAGUUUGAGUCUGAGGACGUCGCCAAGAUUGUGGCUGAGACGAUGAACAACUACCUGUUUGGGGAAAGGCUGUUGGUGUGUCAGUUUAUGCCACCUGAAAAAGUACAUCCAGAGCUCUUUACAAACUGGAAUGUUCCAUUUCGUACGCCGUCAUUUCCAGCGGUGAAGCGGUACAACCAGAAUCGGACACUCCUCCAAAAGCUGCGCAUGGAGGAGCGAUUCAAAAAGAAAGAAAGGCUACUUAGGAAGAAAAUAGCUAAAAGAGGAAUUGAUUAUGACUUCCCAUCAUUGAUUUUACAGAAAGGGAAAAAUGCUGCGAGCGCUGAUCUGCAGAAGUCGGCGGAGAGCCAGGCUUUGCCUAAGAAGAAAAAGAAGAAAACUGCCAUGGCUAAAAGGAAGCAGGGAGAGCCUGGCGCCACCACCACCGCCGCGGAGAAGCCGCUGGACAGCCAGGGGCCCACACCAGUUUGUACACCAACGUUUUUGGAGAGACGAAAAUCUGAGGCAGCUGCCAUGGAAGAUGAUGAUAAGGAUAAUGAAAUAGUUUUCAGACAGCCUGUACUGGAUGUAAAAGAAGAAAAGCAAGAGACUCAAACCCCCGCACGUUCAGGGAAGAAGAGGCGAAGAAAAGGCGAUCUGUGAUUCUGAGUGUAUUGUGUACAAUACAGCUGCUGCUUUUGUGGCUCUGAGUUUGACUGGCACAGCGACACCAGCCAUGGCCAGGAGACUGCAGAGGAGGGCGUGUCGUAUCGCCUCCGGUCCGCCCUGGCUGACACAGGGCAGACAGGCAGGCGGCUGGUUCUCUCCCAUGGCGCUCCUGCGUGACUGCCUGCGCAAAGGCGUCACCGGUCCCGAUUCAAGCACCACACUGCAGCCCUCAUGUCACCAACCUCUUCCUGAUCAUCCACAUGGUUGGUUUGUCUUGAAAGGCAUAGGUUCUCUGUCCACAAGUUCCCCCCAAGUGCCUUAGUAGCCAGAGCUAGGGGCAGGGAACUGGGUGAGGGUCUUCAUGUGAGCGGCAGGCCCCAAGUGCAGGAGACGCCACUUGCUGUGUCCUAGGCUUUGCAUUCACAGCAGUCACAGCACAAGCAGAGCUAGGGCUUGCCCAGGCCAUCGAGCAAGACGUGGAUGUCCAGUGUCCAGGACUGUAAAAGUGACUCAGAA